AUGUCCCAGCAGCUUCUUCUAUCAGGCCGAUUGGCGCGGAGCCUGCACGUUGUGGCGAGGUCCAAGAGGGUUUGGUUGAGAGGCUUUCCCGCGCCGCAGAGGUCCAUACACUUAAGCCCCAGACAGCGCCAGCAGCAGGUCAAACUCGAAACGCCUGAGCUGAACAAAUACAGAGAAUACUAUAAAAGGCUUCAGGCGGCCGUUAACGACGUCCCCGAGGAGCUGGCGUCCAAGUCUCCCUCUUUGGUCACACUCCAUAGAAGGUUGAAUUUACCGGAAUCGUUCCAGCUAUCCACAUUGGCGAGAUGCCUGACGUGUCGCUCGUCGCGGCUUCCGUCGGAUCUGAACGUGCCCUCCUCAGGCGCGGCCUUCACAAGUAGUGUUCCAACCAGCAACUUCUACGACAACCACGGCCUAAACAUAUUCGGUAAGAACUUGCUGACCUACCAUGUCACGCGACAGACGAUGGCGAAGUACCCUCGCCUGCCCACCGUGGUGCUUAAUGCUGCGGUGGACGCAUAUAUCUCUCAGAGCGUGCUUGCCAGCGUCGGGAGGUCCUGGGGUAUUGAGCUCGAGAACAGCUCGGUGCUUGAUAGGUACCUCAGGGAGGAGCCUAUCCAAGUCUCUUUAGGCAAACUAAGAUUUUUCAACAACGCCUUGAAAAGAGAGGACGGCGUGGAACUCAUCACAAGCCACAACUUUUCAGAGGACGCCGCAUACGCGCUAGCAGUGAGAAGUGUGAUUGGCGCUCUCUGGGCGUACACGCACGAAACCGACCCUACAUUCGCAUUUAGAUUCAUUGAUGACCACAUCUUGUCCCGGAAGCUCGAUGUGACUCGGAUCUUCCAGUUCGAGCAGCCCGCGAGAGAGCUGGCGGUGUUGUGUCGUCGCGAGAAUCUGUCCCCACCUGUCUCCAAGCUACUGGCCGAGUCUGGUAGGCUGUCAAAGGCGCCUGUGUUUAUUGUGGGCGUAUUCUCGGGAGCGGAGAAGCUCGGUGAAGGGUUCGGUUCCUCUCUGAAAGAAGCCAAGGCUAGAGCUGCCACUGACGCGUUGAUGAAGUGGUACUGCUACGAGCCUGUCCAGGGUCAAGCUCCGGUGAUCGACCCAGGUGCGGUCAUUGUGUAA